AUGGCUCGGGCCGCCGGGUUCCGCAGCGCGGCCCCGCGCGCCCUCCUCCUGCUGCUACUGCUCGCGCUGCUGCCGCCGCUGCUGGCCCGAGCCAGGCCACCGGACACCCACCACCACCAAUCUGUGAGGAAGAGAACACAGCCUCAACAUGCAGCUCUGCCUGCCUCUGCUGCCCAAGAAGUUCCCCAGCCUGCUGGUGGGCUUAGACUUCCACGAUGUGGUGUACCUGACCCACCCGAUGGGCUAAAUGCCCGCAACAGACAAAAGCGUUUUGUGCUGUCUGGAGGGCGCUGGGAAAAGACGGACCUCACCUACAGGAUCCUCCGGUUCCCAUGGCAACUGGUACAAGAACAGGUGCGACAGACGGUGGCCGAGGCCUUACAGGUGUGGAGCGAAGUGACACCACUCACCUUCACUGAGGUGCAUGAGGGUCAUGCGGACAUCAUGAUCGACUUCACCAGGUACUGGCAUGGGGACAACCUUCCAUUUGAUGGGCCUGGGGGCAUCCUCGCCCAUGCCUUCUUCCCCAAGACCCACCGAGAAGGGGAUGUCCACUUUGACUAUGAUGAAACCUGGACUAUAGGAGACAAUCAAGGCACAGACCUGCUACAGGUGGCAGCUCAUGAAUUUGGCCACGUGCUAGGGCUUCAACAUACAACAGCAGCUAAGGCCCUGAUGUCUCCUUUUUAUACCUUCCGUUACCCACUGAGCCUCAGCCCAGAUGACCGCAGAGGUAUCCAGCAUCUAUAUGGCAGGCCCCACGAGGCCACCACCUCCCAGGCUGCAACUCUGGGUCCCCAGAAUGGAGUAGAUACCAAUGAGAUUGCACCAUUGGAGCCGGAAAAUCCACCAGAUGCCUGUGAGGUCUCCUUUGACGCAGUCUCCACCAUCCGAGGUGAGCUCUUCUUCUUCAAGGCAGGCUUUGUGUGGAGACUCCGUGGUGGCCGGCUACAGCCUGGGUACCCGGCACUGGCCUCUCGCCACUGGCAAGGACUGCCCAGCCCUGUCGAUGCAGCCUUCGAAGAUGCCCAAGGCCACAUCUGGUUCUUCCAAGGUUCCCAGUACUGGGUAUAUGAUGGUGAGAAGCCAGUCCUAGGCCCUGCACCCCUCUCUGGGCUAGGCCUGGUGUGGUCCCCAGUCCACGCUGCCUUAGUCUGGGGUGCUGAGAAGAACAAGGUCUACUUUUUCCGAGGUGGGGACUAUUGGCGUUUCCAUCCCAGCACUCGGCGUGUGGACAGUCCUGUGCCUCGCCGGGCGACUGACUGGCGAGGGGUACCCUCUGAGAUUGACGCUGCCUUCCAGGAUGCUGACGGCUAUGCCUACUUCCUGCGUGGCCGCCUGUACUGGAAGUUUGACCCCGUGAAGGUGAAGGCUCUGGAGGGCUUCCCUCGCCUUGUGGGCCCUGACUUCUUUGGCUGUGCUGAGCCUGCCAACACGUUCCGCUGAGACUGUGGCUUGAAUGCCCUCAGGAUAACUGACCCACAGCCAUCUUUGUGGCUCUGGACACCAGAUAUGAGUCAAAGCCUGUGUUUCCUCAGUUGGGGUGGGCUGGGGGGGGGGUAACCACCAUGACAACUGUGGGGAGGGCCACGCAGGUCGUGGUCUCCUGCUGGCAAGUGUCUCAGACCAGACAGGGAAGCUUUGGAGUUACUGACGUGUGAAGGAGGUGUCAGGCUGGCUUUGCCAUACCUUUGUAGGUCAUGGUCAAACCUAGCUUCUCAAGGCCUCCAUCUCUGGCCCUCAGAGAUGGGUGAACUACAGCAUCUGAUCUUCUCUCUAUUCCUGCUGUAAGGUUCCGGCAGAGUAUUAGUGUUGGAGCUUGUAUGUAAGGUAUACCCUGGCCUUCUGCUCUAACCAAGCAAGGCCCUUUCCUGAGACGUCAGAUCUGGGUAGAUGUUUAGAUCUGGCUCUCUUCUAGCUGGUGAUCCUAGAGAUCUAUUUCUCAGGAUGUAGGCCAAAAGGCCUACAACCAGCUAGGGAAGGCUCUGUUUCAACACAGAAACCCUUACCUUCAGAGGCCCCAGCAUACCUCAAUCCUGUCCUGGGCCUCGUGAAGCCCUUAUCCUAGCACUGGGUCUUCCAAAGCCAUGUAAAUGUGUGUACAGUGUACAAAGAUUUUUUUUAAAAAACAAACAACCCU